AUGCUCGCCCGGCUUGCUAGCAGUAGUGUGCGCAGUGGGCUUCUAGCUACGCCCAGGGCUGCUUCCACUCCACGCGCAUUCACCGCUCUCGCCUGCGCACAGGCUCCAACGCGCGCUCCAGCGUUGGCAGACAUCACCCCAGACAACGCGGCCAGGUUCAAUGAGCGCCAACGACAGUUUCGUGAGAGCGUCGCCGCCGCCCAGAAGAAGAGGGAGCAGGAAGAGAGUCAGUUCCCCUCUGUCUCCGAUACCUCUGCGAUUCCUCCCUCGCUCGGUAGGUUGCUAAACUCGUCUGUUGCAGAAGAGGCUCGCGCACGUGAGGCCAAAGAUGGCGGCAAAACGAAGGGCGGUGCGCUGUCAUCCCUCAUCUAUGGCACUCCCGAGGGACGCGAGCUCGACAAGGACCUCGAGCGCAGCUUCUCUCAGGUGCUAGCACGGGGCAAGUACGUGCACUCCAUCGUCUUCCACGAGGUAUACCCGGACAAGGUCGAUGAGUACACGGAACUUGUCGGGAAGUGGUACCCCAAGAUCGCAAAUGACCCUGGGAACAAGGUGAAUCUGGUGGGCAGCUGGCGGACGGAGGUGGGCGAUUGUGACACAUUCGUGCACAUCUGGGAGUAUCAGCGCUACCAAGGCUACCAUGCUUCGUUGAACACGAUCAACAACCACCCCGAAUUCCCUCAAUUCUACAAGGAGCUGCGGAAGCUGAUCCGCUCCAAGCGCACCUCCCUCAUGCAGGAGUUCUCCUUCUGGCCGACCACCCCUCCUCGCCAAUUAGGCGGUCUAUUCGAGCUCCGCUCCUACACGCUACAUCCCGGGAAUCUGUUGGAAUGGGAGACACACUGGAGGCGUGGCCUGAAGGCUCGCCGGGAGGUCAUGGAAGGCGUUGGAGCCUGGUUCGUGCAGAUUGGCGAGCUGAACACCGUUCACCAUCUAUGGCAGUUUGCCGACCUGGAGGAACGCAAGGUCCGUCGUGAGCAGAGCUGGAGCAUUGAAGGCUGGGGGGAAACGGUACAUAAGACUGUGCCGCUCAUUCAGGAGAUGAAGAGCCGGAUUCUGAUCCCAUGCCCCUGGAGCCCUGUGGCGUGA